CUGCUGGACUUCGACAGGUUUGACUGCUCGGUAGUAGAAGUCUUUCACGAUAAGCGCAUUGUUGUUAUGCUCUGCGGUAUGUUAGUAGCUGUUUGCAAAUUAUUGCUGUGCACUUGUCUACGGAGGGGUGCGAAUAAAGCUUUAUAGUCGCAACAGUUUUAGUUCUGUGCACUUACGCGAUAAAUGACGGGUUUGUGAUGUAAAGUUAGCUUUCUCUCAGCAGGUAACUUCACUGUUUAGUCUCCACACAACAGUAAUAACACAUCAUAUGUAGUUCCUGUUUUAGCCGUAAUGCUGACAAAGAAGUCUUUUUUUUGUGAUUUUGUUCAACCCCUAACAAGGUAGCGUGUUUCGUUUUUAUACUCCCACACUUAAGCCAUUAUAAAGGUUGUUGUGAACUUUUUCACAUUUCGUCACGUUACAGCCACUAUCUUUAAUGUAUUUUUAAUGGGAUUUUGUGUUGUUUGGAGAAUGACAAACCCAAAGGGAAGUAUUUCAAGAACUAGAGGUUGUUACGUAAUUCUUUUAAACGUUAAACGUAGAAUCUGAAAGGUGUGGUGUGCAUUUUUAUUCAGCACCCUAGUCAAGUUUGGAGAUGGAGAACUACUGUUAGGUCUCCAUCUCGGUGGCCCUAUUAUACAUAAUUUAGGUGUCUCCCAUCUUCCAAACAACCGACUUAAUUGAAUGGGUGAUUAACAGGCUUCUGCAACAUUUGGGAGAGGUCUUGAAGUCAUUUGAAUAAGGUGUUCUGGGACAGAGACACAUGUAAAACAUACAGGCCAGGGGUACCAGGUAUGGGAGCCCCUGCCUAAGGGAUAUGUCUAUUCUAUGGCACACACUAACAAUUUUGUUUUUAUUUCAGAACUAUUUAUUGGUCAGAAAUCUUUUUAAAAUGUGCCUUCAUAAAGAGUUAGUAGUUUUAAAUCCAACAGAAAACAAACACUGUGAGAUAAUUUUUUUAUGUUGUAAAUGUCUAUUUGUGUGUGUGCGUGUAACUUCACAUUUUUCACUAUUUGAGCUGCAGAUCACUAGUCAGAUCUGAUUAUAGGAAAAGGGACUGAAUCAAGCAUCACAUGACUCUCAGACUUGGUGUUUUACAGAGUAUAGGUUAUUUGGAGAUGUAGAAUUUUUUUUUUAACAAAAACAGGAGUUUAAUAUGUCCACUGUGUUCUUAGCCAACUUCUGCUCCAUGUCACCUAAUUUCUGUGACAUGGAGCCAGAUGGGGAGCUUGAUCCGGACACAGAUGACCUUCCUCUCAGAGCCAAUACUAACCACAUACUCAUCAGACAUUACGUGUUGGACCUGACCGUUUGUUUCGACAAGAAGAUCAUCAGUGGUAGCAUUGUUCUGUUCCUUGAGCCUUGCUCUGCUGAGAUCGCUAAAACUAAGGAUGAUAUUGGACCAGAAACUGGAGAUGGUGCAAGGCAGGAACCCAAUGAGGAAGGUACAAAGCUUGGAAGUGACACUCAGAGUUCAGAUUUAUUUCAUAGCUCCAAUGCUGAGGAUUUCACUUUAGUGCUGGACUGCUGUGACCUUGAAGUGUCAAAGGUGGAAGAGGUGGACACUAAUUCUGUAUCGGCGGCAUUGGGUUUUCCCCUUACGGCUGCGUCUGAAGAUAUUUCACUGGACUCACAAGCAGAUUUUAUUCAGCACCUUUUCUCCAUGCCCUCUUCCAAUUGGAAGGAAAAGCAUCGGCGCUUUUUACUAUGCAGCCAGAGCCCUGGCGUCCAGAAUAGCAACUCGCUUCACUUUCACACAGAUCGCUGGAGUUUGAAGCUGAAAAAAAUGGGGGUCACAACGUCACAGGGCUUCCCCCGUAUUAUUAGGAUCUAUUACAUGACAAGACCACUGGGAGGCUCAGUCAGGUGGACCAAGGACCAGGACAACAGGGAGUGUGUUUACACCGCUGGCUCUCCCAUCAACAACCGGGCCCUCUUCCCCUGCCAGGAGCCUCCUGUUGCCAUGUCAACGUGGCAGGCGAGGGUACGGGCCCCCAGUGACUGUGUGGUGUUGAUGAGCGGGGAGGAUGAGGCUGUUCCAGCUGAGGACGGGGACACACAUUUCCUGACCUGGAACUAUUACGUCACAAUGCCCAUGCCUGCAUCCACUUUCACUUUGGCUGUGGGACACUGGUGCCAGGUUCCUACAGAGACUCCUUCAGCUCUGGAAAACGAGGUUGAAGACGAGGUGGGCUGCAGCUUCCUCAAGACUGAGCUUGGGUCAGAACUUACAAGGUCUCCUGGUGAAGUAGUAAGAGGCGCUCCAUGUCAGAUUGGCAGAGAUGAGGCCACCAGCUCAGACUCUGCAUUCUGUCACUCUUCCCUUGGGCAUAAGGAGCUCUCUUUAACUGAUUAUUCAGGCAUGGAAGAUGACGGCAUCUCUUGUUCCCAUGGCGACUACCCUUGUCGGUUUGCUGAACGGUCGGCUUGGUCCCAGCGGGUGGUUCCACACCGUGUAUUUAGCCCUGCCUGCCUGCUCCAGAAGGCCCAGAUGGGAAUCCUCAAGCUGCUGCCUCAAUGCUUGGCUGCAGCCCAUGCGGUUCUAGGAGUUCACCCUUUUCCCCGUCUUGACGUCCUCAUCGUCCCAGCAGGGUUCUCCAGUCUUGGCAUGGCCAGCCCCCAUAUAAUUUUCCUGUCCCAGAGUGUGUUGUGCAAGGAAUGUCCUGGUUCUGGACUGAACAGACUGACUCUGAGUGGAUCCAGGAUUUGCCACGAGAUUGCCCACUCCUGGUUUGGCCUGGUUAUUGGAGCCAGAGACUGGACAGAAGAAUGGAUCAGUGAAGGCUUUGCUACUGUCCUGGAGGACAUUAUAUGGGCCCAAGCACAACAACUGUCUUCACAACAGACUGCAGAGCAAUUUGACCUGAAGGCGUUGUUGAGGUGGAGGCGACUUUCAGAUGAGUUGCAGAACUCAAAUGAAGAACUUCAAAUUCUUCGACCGAACAUGGAAAGAACUGGUCAAGUCAGUGACUCUGGCUCCUCCACAAUCAAACAUGCGCUUAACCCCGACAAAACCUUCAUGCAAGUCCACUAUCUCAAGGGCUACUUCCUUCUCAGGUUCUUGGCCAGUGAAGUUGGGGACCAGCACUUAAUUGACUUCUUCAGAUUAUUUGUAAAGAAAUACCAUGGACAACUUGUUUUGUCUCAGGAUUUCCUGCAAAUGUUCCUGAUUACCUUCCCACACAUGGAGAGAAAGGGCCUCACCCUCAGUGCUAUUUACGCCGACUGGCUUGAUCGACCGGGAAUUCCAGAGUGGCUGCAUGAAAGGAGCGCCGUGUGGUCACAGGCGAGGCUGGUGGAAGAAGUCAAAGCAGAGGUUGUAAAAUGGAUUCUCUCCAGUCGGACUCACCAGGCGAAGGGCAGAAAGCGGAAGAGAACAGAACCCAAGGUGAACUACAAAGAGCUGACAACGGAGCAGCUGGUGAUGCUUUUGGAGCUUCUGCUGGAAGAAUCGGAGCUGAGUGUGCCAUCGAUGCGUGCUCUGCACAAAACCUACAAUCUGCAGAACCAAGAUGCUGAGGUCCGACAUCGCUGGUGUGAGCUGGUGGUUAAGCACACUUACUCUCAGGCUUACUGUGAUGUUGAGGACUUUCUGCUUCAUGACCAGGCAAUGGGUGUGUAUCUUUACGGGGAGCUGAUGGUUCAGGAGGAUCCAGAGCAGCAGGCUUUGGCUCGUCGAUGUCUCGGAUUGGUCCAGGAGGAAAUGGACCAAUCAGCAUGCAGAGUUGUGGAGGAGAUGAUUCUGUGACACUGGAGGUUUGCAGAAUGUGGACAGAGACAACAAGAGUUUGGCCCGGAGGAUGUACGAGGAUGCAGCAUUCACUCCGUCUUUCUCUGGGACUCUGCAGGAACACCAGAAGGCUGCCUUUGUGCUCUACAGCCAACUGGAAAGCUCCAGCGUAUUCGAUUACAAUGGGAC